AUGAAUUCAGGAAACCAACGCACCACUGACGAUCUUGAUGAGUUUUCCGAUGAUAUAAGGGUGCAAGAAUUGCAGUCAUGUAAAUAUAUCUAUCCCGAUUGUGAAAUAGACCUUUCGUCUUUAUCUGGCACGGUUAAUAUCAAAGUGAAAAGCGAUAACGACAUUACAAUACGACUAAUAGAAAGAACUUCCAAAGGAACCAGGAUUAUUGCGACUAAUAAGAUUUCCAACUUGCCACCGAUUGUGUUAAACUUUCAGCUAAGUGCAGAUUAUCCCUUUGUGGCACCGCCUGAGAUCAAAGUGACUUGUGUUUGGUUAGCCACCUCAAAAACUGAUUUAUUAACGAAGGACCUUUAUGAUAUUUGGAAAGAAUAUAGAGACCAAGUGCUUUUCAAUUUAAUAGAUCAUUUGCAGGAUCAAGUCCAAAACCAUUUGGACGUCUUGAUACCUGCCCCAUUUGACAUUUUUGACAUUGAUGAGUAUUACAAAGUUGUUGAUUUCAAUAUUGAUGCUGAAAUAGAAGAGUUCAACUCACAAACAUAUACAUGUGACAUAUGCCAGAAAACUUUAAAGGGUUUGCAUUGUACGAAAUUUGAUUCCUGUGGGCACGUAUUUUGCAAUAACUGUCUAGCGGAAUAUUUCGAGUCUUGCAUCGAAUCUGGUGAUAUCGAUAAGGUACAUUGUCCUGACUUUGAGUGUACCAAAAAGUAUGUUGACAAAAAGAAAAAGUUUAUGGAAUUAGAAACAUGGGUGCAUAAUGAUAAAAAGGUAAAAGACAUGUUAAAUCAAUUAUUGAUACCGUCGAUCCCCUUGGCUAUGUUGACGAAAAUUUUGAAAAGCCCAAGUUUAGUAGAUCGAUAUUACAAUUUGUUCAAAAAAAGUCAAUAUGAAUGGAUUGGUAAUCUUUUACCCAAUAGAUUAGUGAAAUGCCCAAGAGUUGGAUGUGAUGAGGUUAUAUUCAGAGAGGACAUUGACGAAAAAUUGGUUGUAUGUCCUAAAUGUAAGUAUGCAUUUUGUAAUGAUUGCAGGAAAUCUUACCACGCAAGAUUCAAGCUUUGUCUGAAAAUCAAUGAAAAUGACAAGUAUCUGGGUAUUCCUAUUGAGGAUUUGGAAGCGUAUCCAUUGUUACCCCCAGAUUCUUAUGAUAAAAAAAUAAUGAACGCAAAAUAUGGAAGGAAGAGAAUUGAUAGAGCAAUCGAAGAGUAUCAGAUGGACCAGUUGUUCCAGCAGAUGAUGAGGGAAAGAAAAACUGUUGUGCAAUGUCCUGGUUGUUCAGUUGCUACUGAGAAAAGUGAAGGUUGCAAUAAAAUGAAAUGUAGUUUAUGCAAAACAGACUUUUGUUUUAAUUGUGGUUCUAAAAUAGGAAACAACCACGAUCAUUUUGUUGAUCCAAGUUCUCCAUGCUACAAACUUUUAUUUUUUGGCAUGCCUGGUACUGAAGAUAUAUAG